AUGGCCGCCUGCAACGAUGGUGUCUUCACACCAGUCUCAGACUGCCGCUUCUUCGACUUCACCAUCGCGUUCUCCAACAGCAUCUUCGUCAUCCUGCCAUCCUGCAUCGCCAUCGUACUCACCAUCGCACGACUCGUGCGCAUCCGCAACAAGCCCGACAUUCCGACGGCCUCCGCACAACCUCACCUUUCGCUCUUGCGGUCAUGCGCACCUCACUCGGAUCCAAUCAGCCUCUUUGGAGCCGCAGCGUACGUCAGCAAUGCUGUGCUCAGCCUCGUGCUUGUCGCCCUCUUGGCCGCACCCUCUUCUCGCGCCCUUCGCCAUGCCAUGGACGACCGAACGGGAAUGCCUAGCGUAGUCGUUCCAUUCCUAGCCUCGGUGCUGGCCGUCCCGCUUUCCGUUGCAGAACGGAGAAAGACGCGCGGUGGAAGUAUGGUCCUGCCGCUCUGGCUGCUCCUCACUCUGCUCUUCGAAGCCUGCCGCAUACGAACCUUCAACGCUGUUUCCGCUAUCCGUCACUCGUCCUUCUUCUACAUCUACGUGCUCAGCUUUGCCUGCAAGGCCUUGAUGCUCACUGUUGAAAACGCCAAGGGCAUCCGCAGCAUCGACGUCAACUCGACUCACGAAUCGCGCGCCAGCUUCUUUUCGCGCCUCCUCUUCCUCUGGGUCUUUCCUCUGCUGUGGAAAGGUUUCCGCAAGCCUCUCGAGCUGGAGGAUCUCGAUUCGCUCAAGCCUGAAUUCUAUGGACGCUCUCUCGCCAACAGCUUCAUUGCGAGCUGGUCUGGUGUGCCCGUCGAGAAGCAGAAUGACAGCACAAGCGACGAGGAUCGGUCCGACGCCGGCAUGGACCUCAAGCACAAAGUAUCACGAUCCAGCAGCGAAGCUUACCCUCUCGAAAAGCUCCCAUCGCAGCACUCCCAUGCUCUCGAUUCGUCAACGAGUCCACCUCCGCUUUACGACAACAGACCUUUCCCGAAGAGGAGCGCCAACCGUAGUCUAGUGUGGGCGACUCUACGCGCGUUUCCGCUUGCGGCGCUACUCCCGGUGCCCUGGAAGCUGCUGCUGACCGCAGCCGAACUUGCUCAGCCCUUGCUGGUCUCGACCACACUUGCCUUCGUGCAAUCGUACUCUGAUGCCAACAAGGGCGACUCUGCAAUCGCUCAGCCGGUCGUCUACGGCUGGGGUCUCGUCGGUGCCUACGCCUUUGUCUACCUUGGCCAGACGUUGGCCACAGGCCAAUACUGGUACGCAAGUUCGCAGCUUCAAGUGCGGAUCAGAGGAGCGUACGUCGAGGCUAUCUUUCGCAAGGGUCUCGGGCUCCAUGUGCGGACUGCGCGGACCAGUGGCGGUGGCAAAGCAGCAAACCUCAUGAGCGUUGACAGCGAGCGUGUCGUCAAGGCCAUCGAUGUGAUCCAUUCGCUGUGGAGUGGCGCCAUCACCAUCGCCGUCGGUGUCUACCUCCUCUACACUCAACUCGGCCUCGUCUUCUUCGCUCCGAUGAUCUCUGUGCUCGCCUGCUUGCUCAUGACGCCGGUGGCGAGUCGUGGAAUGGGAACGAAGCAGGGCGCAUGGAGCGCUCUGACCGAUAAGCGCGUCAACCUCACAAACAGCAUCACGUCCGAUAUCAAGGGCGUAAAAUUCUCCGCCUACGAGGACAUCUUGCACGCCAAAGUCUGUAAGACCCGUGCCGAGGAGCUGGUCAAGCGUGCCAGUAUGAUGAAGCAACUGACGGGCGUCGUCGUGUACACGAACGCCACCGUCGAGAUUCUGGGUUUGAGUACCUUCGUCACCCUGAUUGUCGUCGACAGGCUCAGUGGCUCCAACCGCUUCAACCUCAACACGGUCUUCACAACUCUCACGAUCUUUGGUAUCCUACAAGCGCCUCUCUUGGCGAUCGGACAACAGUUUUCUUUUUGCUUGCAAGCAUGGUCAAGCAUGAAGAGGAUUCAAGACUUCCUUGAUGCCGAAGACAGACCUGAAAUUCAAGGUGCCGUGGAUGCUGGCGUCGCUGCCACCGCAGCUAGUGCUGCGGUAAGCGACUCAGAAAGCUCCUCGGCAGGCUACGCUGCCAAGUUUUUCAAUGCAGAUCUCGGUUGGGCCGACAAGGUGGUGCUCAGCAAUGUCAGCCUUGAGAUUCCGGCUGGCUCUCUGACCAUGAUCUGCGGCCGUCUCGGACACGGAAAAUCAACCCUCCUGCAAGCCAUCCUCGGCGAAUCGGACGUACUUGCCGGGCAUCAGCAGUUGCCGCUCCUUGCAGACCGUGUUGCCUAUGUCAGCCAAGACGUUUGGCUUCAGGAGAAGCGUACCAUUCGCGAAAACGUCAUCUUCGCUACCGGCGAGUACGAUGAAGAACGAUACCUCACCGCUCUUCGAGCAUGCGCUCUCACCGAAGACAUCGACAGCUUGCAAGAGGGUGAUGCUACCACCGCCAGCGCACUCAGCGGAGGCCAACGACAGCGCGUCGCUGUAGCGCGAGCCGUCUACAGUGAUGCUGAAGCUUUCGUUUUCGACGACAUCACCAGUGCCUUAGACGCCGAAUGCGCUGCACACAUGUGGCGUUCUCUGAUGGGUCCGGCAGGCUUGUUGAAGGGUAAGACUGUCGUCAUGGCGACCAACGCAGUUCACCUUCUGCAUCAUGCUCAAUUCGUCAUUCGAAUCGAUGACGGGCACAUCGCCGAGCAAGGUCGAUACGAGGACCUGUCAAUGAAGGGCAAGGAUGCGAUCUCGCGCGCCAGUCUUGACUCGCAACGGGCGAUGCCAUCCAAGGAUCAGGCCAAAGACAAAGCAGUCAAGACAGGAGCACCCGAAAAACAAGAAGCCGUCAUGACUGGAACCGUCGGCUUCAAGGUGUACUACAUGUGGUUCAAAGCUGCCGGUCUCGGCAAGGUGGCCGUAUCCUUCACUUUUUUCCUCCUGUGUGCCGGCGCCGCCCUGGCUCCUUCAUACUAUCUUCAAGCGUGGGCCGAGGCUCAACAGCGACACCGUUUCCGCGACUGGGGUAGCUGGCUCGCUGGUCUUUGUGGCCUCAUGCCGUUGAACGCCAUUUUCCUCACGAUCGGCUUCUGGAUUGUCAGUGUCAACUGUGCCAUCUCGGCAGGUAACCGUCUGCACAGUGCUCAGCUUCGGGGCGUCCUAUCAGCGCCGAUCGCCUUCUUCCACAAAUGGAGUGCGGGUCAGAUCACCAACCGCUUUUCGCAGGAUCUGUUCAACCUCGAUCAAAAUUUUAUCAACUCGCUAACGAACACGGUGGGAAUCGUCUUUGCUCUGCUCGGUGCUCUGAUCGCUAUGAUCAUCCCGGCCCCUUAUCUGGCUGCUCUCGCCGUAGGACUGAUCGCCAUCGCCUGGGGCAUGCAGAGGCUCUACAUUCCGUCGUCACGACAAUUGCGUCGUCUCGAGAUGGCAGCAAAGAGCCCGCUCUAUUCCCUCUUCUCCGAGACCUCGUCGCCGGCAGGUCUAGCCACAGUGCGAGGACUCAAGCGUGAGGCGUGGCUUCUGGAGCUCAACACUCAAUCCUUGGACAUCUCGCAAACGCCCUACUACCAUCUGUUUGUCGUCCGCAGAUGGCUUCAGACCUGGCUCCUCGCGCUGACCACGAUCAUCAACGUCACGCUGGUCCUGCUGGUUGUUGUACUUCGCCAUUCUUCGCGAGCCGGUUUGCUCGGUGUGGCCUUGGUACAGGCAACUGAGAUCGGACUGCUGCUCAACCACACCGUCAUCAGCUUCACCGAGGUCGAAAUUGCUGGCGUGGCUCUGGAACGCGUUCGCGAAUUCUGCGAGCUGGAGCCUGAGCGCGAUGCUGCAGCUGCGGCUGCGAAGCAGGACGGCAAAGGAAGCAACAGCAGCGAAGCAACAGAUGCAGCUGCGAUUCGAGGCGACAUCGAAUUUGAUGCCGUGACGGUGUCGUACUCCGCCGAGCUCGAGCCUGCCGUCAAGGAGCUCAGCUUCAACCUUCCUGCCGGCAAGCGGCUCGGGCUCGUGGGUCGAUCCGGCUCCGGCAAAUCAACGACGCUUCUGGCGCUGUUCCGCAUGAUCGACAUGCGUAGCGGUACCAUCAAGAUCGAUGGCAAGAGCAUCGCCGACAUCCCAGCCCGCCAGCUCCGCUCGCAGAUGACCAUCGUCCCGCAAAAUCCGCUGGUGCUUGCCGCUACUAUCCGUGAGAAUCUCGACCCCGAAGGCGUCUGCACGGAGGAUCAACUCUGGGACGCCCUGCACAAGUGUCACCUGGCCGAGUUCGUCAACAAGCAGGAGAACAAGCUGGACGAGAUGCUGCUAACCGGCGAAUCUUUCAUCAGUUCCGGUCAGAAGCAGCUCCUCUCUUUGGCUCGCGCGCUGCUCCGCAAGCGCAAGAUCCUCGUCCUGGACGAGGCCACCAGCGCCAUGGACGUCGAGACGGACGCUGCCGUGCAGAGCAUCCUCAAGACCCAAUUCGCCGACUGCACCGUCAUCGCUGUCGCCCACCGGAUCGCGACGAUCAUCGAUUUCGACCAGAUCAUCUGCAUGUCCGCUGGUCGGGCGAUCGAAUCCGGCAGCCCCGAAGAGCUCCUCCAUCAGCGAGGGGAAUUCUUCGCUCUUGCGGCCGAGCAAAAGUGUGUAUGA